AGGAGAGUAUAUCGACUUGCUAUGGAUUUUGAAUUGAGAUGGGACCAUCAAUAAUUGCUGGAUCUGAGACGCAUUGGGUCUUUCUUCUUCAUGUCAACUCAAUAGCAUGACUGCAUGACACAGAUCUAUUCUAUUUAAGGGUUAAAACUUCUUCAUAGCUGAUAGCUUAUUAGCUCCUGUUCCGUUGGUUCAUGUGAGAAAUGCUGCUCGCAUGCACCAGUUCUGGUGCCCAAGAAUUAGCCCGACCAUGGCGGACGUGCAGGAACCGCUGGUGCGCCCCAAGAGGAAGAAAGGUUUGGUGGACUACUUGGUACAGUUCCGAUGGAUCCUCGUGAUCUUUGUGGUCCUUCCAGUUUCAGCUCUGAUCUACUUCAAUAUCUACCUGGGCGAUAUGUGGUCUGCCAUGAAGUCAGAGAAGAAGCGCCAGAAGCAACAUGAUGAGAAUGUGCAAAAGGUCGUGAAGAGGCUCAAGCAGAGGAACCCAAAGAAGGAUGGCCUUGUUUGCACAGCCAGGAAGCCCUGGAUUGCUGUUGGCAUGCGCAAUGUAGACUACAAGCGUGCCAGGCAUUUUGAGGUUGACCUUUCUGCCUUCAGGAACAUCCUUGAGAUUGACAAAGAGAGAAUGGUUGCCAAGGUUGAGCCCCUUGUAAACAUGGGUCAGAUUACCAGAGCUACCUGCCCAAUGAAUCUUGCCCUUGCAGUCGUUGCUGAGCUCGAUGACCUUACUGUUGGUGGGCUGAUCAAUGGUUAUGGAAUUGAAGGGAGCUCUCACCUCUAUGGCCUUUUCUCUGACACAGUUGUUGCAAUGGAAGUUGUUCUUGCAGAUGGCCGAGUUGUUAGAGCCACUAAGGAUAACGAAUACUCUGACAUUUUCUAUGGCAUUCCCUGGUCCCAGGGAACACUUGGGUUUCUUGUUUCAGCUGAGAUCAAGCUCAUCCCCAUCAAGGAAUACAUGAGGCUCACAUACACUCCAGUUAAAGGGAGUUUGAAGGAAAUUGCGCAGGCCUAUGCUGAUUCUUUCGCACCAAGAGAUGGUGACUCUGCAAAGGUUCCUGACUUUGUUGAAGGAAUGAUUUACACAGCAAGCGAGGGUGUCAUGAUGACUGGUGUUUACGCUUCCAAAGAAGAGGCAAAGAAGAAGGGCAACAAGAUCAACUGCGUCGGGUGGUGGUUUAAGCCUUGGUUUUACCAGCAUGCCCAGACAGCACUCAAGAGGGGUGAGUUUGUGGAGUACAUUCCAACAAGAGAGUACUACCACCGUCACACCCGGUGCCUGUACUGGGAGGGGAAGCUGAUCCUACCGUUUGGUGACCAGUUCUGGUUCAGGUUCCUGUUGGGUUGGCUGAUGCCACCAAAGGUCUCUCUGCUCAAGGCCACCCAAGGUGAGGCUAUCAGGAACUACUACCAUGACAACCAUGUGAUUCAGGACAUGCUGAUUCCCCUGUACAAAGUUGGAGAUGCUCUUGAGUUUGUACACCGGGAAAUGGAGGUGUAUCCACUGUGGUUGUGUCCUCACCGUCUGUACAAGCUCCCCGUGAAGACCAUGGUGUACCCGGAGCCCGGGUUCGAGCACCAGCACAGGCAAGGCGACACCAGCUACGCUCAGAUGUUCACGGACGUGGGCGUGUACUACGCCCCUGGCCCGGUGCUGAGGGGUGAGGAGUUCAACGGCGCGGAGGCAGUCCACAGGCUGGAGCAGUGGCUGAUCGAGAACCACAGCUACCAGCCGCAGUACGCGGUGUCGGAGCUGAACGAGAAGGACUUCUGGAGGAUGUUUGACGCCUCCCACUAUGAGCACUGCCGGCACAAGUACGGCGCGGUGGGGACGUUCAUGAGCGUGUACUACAAGUCGAAGAAGGGGAGAAAGACGGAGAAGGAGGUGCAGGAGGCCGAGGCCGCCAUCCUUGAGCCGGCCUACGCCGACGAGGCAUAGCUAGUUCCUUCCCUCCGAUGAUCAGCCAUUUCAUCGAUUCUGAUUUAGAUGUUCCCCUCUAUCUAGUACUCUUUUCGUCAUUGUUGCUGUCGUUGGUACCGAGUGUUUCACCCUUUAUUUAUUUGUGGAAUUGCUGAACUUAUUCUGGAUUUACAUGGUUCUAUCUGUUUAAUUCUGGAUGCA